CGACCAUCUGCUCUGCGGGCAGCCGUCGGUGUUUUCAGCUGCUCAAUUUCCCUUUCUAUCUUCCUCUAUACUCGGUCCUUCUUCGCUACUCUUCUUGGCUCCCGCUGGUCUCGGGCGCCCCUGCGUUGCUAUAUACUCGCGCCUGUUCGGCCUCCUCAAAAUAUCACAGUGUCAACACCGCUUGCCCAUGAGAACGGCUGCAGUUGUUCUCCUCCGUCAAGCCCUCAGUCUCCUUGACUCCUCCUUCCCACACCCACCCUUGCGAUGCUCUAUGGCAUCCUCCUAGGAUGCGUCCUCCUCGCUGUCGCACUCGUGUUCUAUGUGGUGUCCACCUUCUUACUUCUCCUGGUCCGGCAGGCCCUCUCGCCGUUGCGGUACCUCCGCGGUCCUCCGUCUCCGUCAUUCUUUAUGGGAAACCUCCGUGAGAUGCAUGACCAGGAGAACACCAACCUCAUCGCCCGCUGGGAGGAGCAGUUCGGGAGCACUUUCGUCUACCGUGGUUUUAUGGGUGGGGCACGGCUGAUGACGACGGACCCAGCCGCAGUGGCGCACAUCUUGGGACGCGGCUAUGACUACCCCAAGCCCGAGUUCGUGCGGGACAAUUUGUCGAGCAUGGCCGCGGGCGAACACGGUUUGCUCAUCGUCGAGGGCGAGGACCAUAGGAGGCAGCGCCGGAUACUGAGUCCGGCCUUCACGUCAGCCCACAUUAAAUCGCUCAGCCCUGUAUUCUGGCAGAAAGCCAUGGAGCUCUGCGACAUCUGGCUUGACAUUGCGUCUUCUUCACGAGAUCUCGCUGCUCCUACAGACCCUUUCCUUGUCACACCGUCUCCGCAGGCUGCCAGAGAUGACUUACCCGCUCGUGCAUUCGCGACCACUACCUCCAUCCUGCCGAACCCAUUUUCGUCCUUCAUCCCUGGUAAAGCCACCUCUCGGAGACAAGCCAAAGGCUCCUCUUCAUCUCAGUACGAGAAGACGCCAGUUGUAUCUCCCGACAGCGCGUCGUCUACGCGGGUAGACGUGCUUGCAUGGCUAGCUCGUGCGACCCUCGACGUAAUCGGAGAGGCUGGGUUUGGGUACCAGUUCAAUUCUCUCGCAUCCGCCGCCAAGAAGGGCGGUGAGAAGGGGAAUGAGCUCGCACGCGCCUUCGGCGUCAUCUUCAGCUCCGCGCGCAAGUUCAGGGUGAUCACAGUGCUGCAGGCGUGGUUCCCAGAGUUGCGGAGAUACGGUCGAGAAGGUGCAGCCGAGCGCGAGGCACGCGAGACGAUGCGCCGCAUUGGCCUGUCUCUCGUUGAACAGCGACAUGCCGAAGCGACAAAGGAGCAAGCCGCGACCCUUCGCAGCGCAGAUGCGCAACACAAACAGCAGCUAGCGUCAACAAUCGAGCACCCUACUGACGGGCGGGACCUGCUGAGUGUCCUCAUCCGCUCGAGCCUCUCAUCCGUACCGUCGCAGCGUUUGUCCCUGGAAGAAACGCUCUGCCAGAUCUCGACCUUUCUCUCUGCGGGCCACGAGACGUCCUCCUCCGCCAUGACAUGGACGCUCUACGCCCUCGCACGCGCACCCGACAUUCAAGCGCAACUCCGGCGCGAGCUGCGUGCCAUUCCGUUCCCCGCGAACGCCGAUGUGCCGCCUGCGUCGACGAUCGCUGCGGUGCUGGACCACCCGUACCUCGAUGCGGUCGUGCGCGAGACGCUCCGGCUGCACGCGCCUGUAACGUUGACGAUGCGCGUCGCGGGCGUGGACGACGUCGUCCCCGUCGCGAGGCCGGUCAUUGACCGACGCGGCCGCGCGUGCAGCGAGAUACAUGUGCGCAAGGGUGACAUCAUAACCGUGCCGAUCCAGGCGAUGAACAAGAGCAAGGAGGUGUGGGGCGAGGACGCGGAGGUGUUCCGGCCGGAGCGAUGGCUCCUGAGCGGCGAGGAGGGUGAGUCUGACGAUGAGGGAGAGGGGAGUAGCCUGGGACGAGAGGGCAGGCCCGGUAGGGGCCAGAAGAAGGCGGGGGCACCGGGGCUGUGGGGGAACAUGCUGACGUUCGGGAACGGUAACCCUCUUAAUGGGAAUCGGGCGUGCAUCGGGUUCCGCUUUGCGAUAAAUGAGAUUAAGAUCUUCUUGUAUGUCUUGUUGCGCGACAUAGACUUCUCGAUAGACCCGACGAUACACAUCGAGAAGAAGGUCAUUGUGGUCACUCGACCAGCGGUCAAGACAGAACCGCACAUGGGGAACCAGAUGCCCUUGAACAUACGACGUGUUGCACCGUAGCACCGACCUCCAUCCAGCACCUAUGCACUGCGGCCGCGCCGUUGGGUUUUGUUGUAACACAUGUAAUGUAAUGAGUAAUGCAACAUAAUGUUGCCGCAGGACAUCUCGACAUGAGCUCGAUCGUUCA